UUCCCUCGCUUCUCAGCUUCUGGGAGCUUAGUUGAAAAUGGCGGACUGGCGGCGUAGGAAAUGAAAGAAGGUGAUUUAGUAUUUAAAUCAACACUGUUCGUGUGAUUUGGUCACGGGAUCAAGACAAAGCUGCGGACCACUUGGUGACUUUGACAAAGUGAACAUUCCCGCUAAACGGGAGAAGGGUAUUUGCAAAACGACCACUACAGCAUUACACAAGAAUUCUUAUUAAGCACAUCUGUAAGCUGAUAACCAGCCAUAAUCAAAGAUGAGCGACCUUCUGACAAGUGGUUUUCGGGCCCAGCUGACCCUCAACAUGGAGGCAACCCUGAAAAAAGCUGUAUGUGACAUAAUGAGGAUCUUUGAGGACAGCCUACAUGACCAUCAAUUGGCGUUGGUGCAGAAAGGCGAAGAAGUUGCACAUCUUAAAGUAAAGUUGCAGACUGCAGAGCUCAAGCUGAGAGACUGGGAUUGUAAACUUACCCAAGAAGCGGAGGAGAGUAAAACUCACAUCAGUGAGACUCAAAGAGAGCCUGGAGUUGACAUGAACCCAUCUGGACAAACUACUGAUGUUCCUGAGAUUGACUAUGAAGUGCCUGAUGACUGGUGUGCUCCCAUGGCUAAUGAAACAACAAUCCCCAAGCAAGAGGACAUUGUGUGUCCAAGUAUAAGACUUCGGCGACUGCUGAUUCCUGUGCACCGCAUUCCAAUCAUCAAGGAGGAGGUGAUCAGCCAUGACAUUGACCAGCAAACAAAGGGUGUCAGGAAAUCCACAAGAUGUUGUGAUUAAUAGUAGUAGCAUUCUACCAGAGUUUACAUCACCUCUGUUCUUGGUAACCUGCAUGGUUACUAUGGGUUAUAUGCACAAAGGCGAGUACCCGCGAAAAUUAUUGUCUGAUUGUAAAUUAGAAUAACUGCAUUGCUGUUGUUGAGGUGGUGAUCAGUUUUUGUAAUCUUUGCGUAAAGAUACAGCCACAAUUAUUCUUGCAGAAGCAUAAAGCUUUGCUUGUAUGAGAGAGGAUACAGAAGGUUACAACUAUGAUGAAGACUGGAAAGUAAAUCAGCUCUCUUGAUUUGUUGCUGUUAAGUUUUUUUAAGUCCCAUACAUUAUGAAAUUGUAUUUUCCUACACUGGGAUUUCAACAAAUUUGUAAUGACCCUUAGUUUGUUGACAUAAAUUAGAAAAUAAAAUGUGAUUGCCCCAAUGUUUUUUACAAAAUCACAUUGCUCUCAUUCCAUUAAAUUAAAUAGUUUUCAUGUCAGUUGUGAUAUUUCACUCAGUCGUUGUUACAUUUUUAUGUAAUGUUUUCUCUUACAGGUUCCACAUUAAAUAAGAGUCAGCAAACUCAAGACACAAUCCUACUAAAGUGUGUCUCAGGGGGGCGAGGCAACAUAAAUGACCUUCUCCUCGACAUAAGAGAGGAAAAUGCGACCAGUAAGUCUACUGAGGAGACAGUGGAAAAUAAUGGUGAAAUGUAUUCCUGCAAACUUUGUGGGAAGGUAUUUGAUAAAGGCAUUGGCCUAACCAUGCACACACGAUCACACAUGAGUUGUCGAGGUUGCAGAAAAAUGUUUCCUUUACCAAAUAGUUUAGAAUAUCAUAAACAAAACUGCAGAAAAUUGAAGAGAUUGUUGUCGAGGAUGGCAAGGAGAGCAUUACGCAUCAAACAAAGGUCAAGAAAGCAGGUGGAAAGCUCACCACCCUUUGGCCACCAUAGUGAAUUGUCAGUUCAGAGAGUUAGACCCACCAAGAAACACUCCUGUGUUUACUGCCACAAGAUGUUCUUAACAAAGGCCAAGCGCAAGGACCACAUGCGUGUUCAUACUGGUGAAAAACCAUUUAGAUGCAGUAUCUGCCCAAAGAAAUUCACCAAAGACUCGUCACUCAAAACGCACAUAAGGAAAAUUCACCACGGCCAAAUGAAUCCCAGUGAGCCUCAAGGUGACCUUGCUUGGACCAUGCCUCUAGAAGACACGGAAGCUUCUGAGUAUUUGAAUUUGUCCAGCAAAGACGCUCAAAACAAUGUCCAGAGAGAACAAAGUCUGCACAAAAGGUCUGAAUGGCAAACCAUGGGUAAACGCAGGUCCAAUGGUUAUAUCUGCUCCAUUUGUCAGAAGUUAUUAAAAACCAAAUUCAGUUUGGUUGAACACUAUCGUAUCCACACGGGAGAGAAGCCGUUAAAAUGUCACAUGUGUCCAGCAAUGUUUCGUACUAUUCAACAUCGUUGCAUGCACCGAAAAAGAUUCCAUUGAGUUAUGGGGCUGCCACAGUGAGAAGUGCAAGAAGCUGUACUUAACAAAGGCAAGAUAUAAUAAGCAUGUGUCCAAAUGCUCAGUUGAAAAGCAUAUUACCUGUAAGGUUUGUGGAAAAGGCUUCUACAUUAAAGCUCACCUCUUGACUCACAUGACGCGUUGCCACAGUUAAGUCACUGUACCGUUCACGUCCCCCAUUGGGACGAAAGACUGGACUUUCUGGGAUCGAUCAGCUUUCAUCGCCAGAUUUAGUUCAACUUUAUUUUUUACUUUUUAUGAGGUGUGAUCAUAUUCGUUAUAAUAUUAUUUUCAUAUCAGUAUACCACAUUUCUGUUGAAUAUCAAUAUUACUGUGAUACAAUAAAAUAUACUGAAAUCAGAAAUUUUUAAUUUGGGUGAAUACAUGAAAGAAUUUGUGUGUGUGUGUGUUGUUAAUGCAUCUGUCUAAUGCAGUAUGAGUUUGAGUAUGACUUGUCAGGCCAGUUUGAUGAGCCCGGUGUAAAAAAAAUGUUAGUUUAUGUUCCAUAUUCACCACCAGGUGCUACUGUUCUACCAUCGACCAUUUGUUGCAAUAACAAUAAAAAGUAGUUUGAAUACAGAUGUGCGCUGGAAAUGUCAUGUACCAUUUUAAUUUCCUCAAAGCAGACCUACUACUUUCAAAUGUUACAUUCAAAAAAAUGUUCAGCUUUCUGUAUGUAAGAAAUUACUGCAUCCAAACAAUGUUUUCAGACCAUUGCAAUACAUAAUGUUAAAAAAUCAUGUUGGUUUUUAACUAGUUACUAGGCAACUUUUUUUUAAAUUUCCAGUUGUAGAAGUAGCUGGUAGCAAUAAUGGUUGAUGUCAUCUAAAAACACUGUUCAAGUGAGGAAACAAUGUCAUAAUUUACGUCCAAUAAAACUCAGUUUUUAUACA